UAAAAACAGUGAUGGUGAUGUAGUGUUUUUAGGCAAAAGAAAGACUUUUACAAAAUUAUGAACUAUUUUAACAAUAUUGGAAUUGAAGCAUUAUGAUUUACAGGCCACAUGUCCGCAGACGAAAAAUAAAAUUUCGUACUGUCGGUACCGACUCCUAAUUGGCAAUCAUUAUUUGCAUAUCUCAAGACCAUUAUAUAAAUAAUAGUAUCUAAUCAAGAGUGAACAUCAUGGCUCAGGUGGUCAGUCAAAAACGUGGCCGGGGCUUAGGCACUGGUGAAACUUCUUCUGCUUCUUCUAGCUCGACAAAUCAACUGUCAGCAUUAAGUACAGCUCCUGGAACUCUAACAGAUGAACUAGCGGCACUUUUUGAAUGCCCGGUGUGCUUUGAAGUAGUUCUGCCACCUAUUAUGCAAUGUCAAGUAGGACACUUAGUUUGUGCUAGCUGUCGCCCUAAAUUGUCCUGUUGUCCCACUUGCCGUGGGACACUUGGCAAUAUUAGAAACUUGGCUAUGGAGAAGGUGGCGAAUAAUUUAAUGUUUCCGUGCAAACACAAAUCCACUGGUUGUAGAAUGACUCUAGGGCUUAACGAAAAAGCAGAACAUGAAGAGAUUUGUGAAUUUCGACCAUAUAGUUGCCCUUGUCCAGGAGCUUCAUGUUCAUGGCAGGGACAAUUGGACAAAGUGAUGGUGCAUCUUCAACAUGCCCAUAAAAAUAUAACUACCCUAAACGGUGAAGACAUCGUGUUUUUAGCUACCGAAAUUAAUUUAGCUGGUGCAGUGGACUGGGUCAUGAUGCAAAGUUGUUUUGGCCAUCACUUUAUGCUGGUUUUGGAAAAACAGGAGAAAAAUGAUGGCCACACCCAAUUUUUUGCAAUUGUCCAGCUCAUUGGAUCCCGCAAACAAGCUGAACAUUUCGCAUAUAGAUUGGAGCUUAAUGGGAAUAGAAGGAGAUUGAUUUGGGAAGCCAUGCCGAGGUCAAGUCACGAAGGAGUAGCCUCAGCAAUUAUGGGAAGUGAUUGUCUCGUUUUUGAUAAUUCCAUUGCCCAACAUUUCGCAGACAAUGGAAAUUUAGGUAUUAAUGUUACCAUUUCCUUAGUUUGCUAAACGAUAGGUCUUACAAAAUAGGUGACAAUGAGACAAAAUAGCUACAAGGGUCUCUGCUUAUUGUUAAUGUGCAGCAAUAUAAUUUAGACUUAAUUUCAGUGCAAAACUAUUAAAAAUAUGUUUUGAUGACAUUUGUAGUAUUAAAAUACACAACAUGUCACAACUAUUAAAUUAAAGGGCAAAUAAAACUAUGGGGUCGAUGAAAUAUUAGGGAGACAAAGAUAAAAAAAAUUGUAUAAUCUGAAAAUAUGUCAGUCAUAAUAGUUACUGAAGGCGUGGUUACCAAAACGAUUAAAAUUUAUAAACAUAUACAUACAAUUGCUGAUUUUCCUAAAAGCUUUCUCAUAAGGAAUGUCGUAAGUUGCCGAAUUAUAGUAUUACAUUUUUUCGCCGGAACUAACCUAAAAACUGAAUUAAUUCCUCAUCACUUAUUUUUUUAAUAUUAAUAAUGUCUUCUAAUGAAGUAACUUCUAUUUUCUGCGGUAUAAAUUAUACAACUUAAAACACCAAUAAUCGCAUAAAACGAGUUAAUCUGUGAAUUUGAAAUAUGUAGGUAUAUCAAAUUCAAACACAAAAAUUGGUUCUCAAACUAGUUAUGACAACCACGAUUAUUCGCUGUCAGGUGUUUAUAAAGGUAACCUCAAAUUUGGCUUGCAGUGGACAUAAUUGAGCUUCUGAAUAUAAAAUAUUUUUUAUAUGUAAAUAUUAUUGAUUCAUUGGCAGAUACAAGUUAUAUUGCUGACAUAAAUGUGAGAAAAGAGACCCUAUUUUUUAAUAUGAGGUGCAGUACAGGUAUUUUGUUUUAGUUUCAUCUGAGUGUCUUAUGAUACACAUAUAUAACACCAAUAGUAAUAAUAUUAAGGAUUUGCUCUUAGAAUUAGAAUUUCCUUCAGACCAUAAGUCGUCUGUUCAUGCCUUAGAAUUUACACUUUGAAACAGUGUUUACGAUUUUCACACUGUAUGAAAAUAUCACCCACAUUUUUAAGCACCUAAGUUACAAGUUUGGUUAGAUGUUGAAUGUAACUUAAAAUAUUGUACAGGAUGUAAUUUAAAGCAAUGUAAAAAGAACAGUUUUAGUAUCAGUGGUUUAGUAAUUAUUUUGUAUUCAUGAAGAUAUCGUUGUAGCGAUUGUAUUGUUUCAG